CAACAAUUUUUUGACCCGCACCCUCGAAGAAACCCUAACCAAAAGCUUUUCUGCAAGGAGAAAGGGAAGAGAGAGACAGAAGAGAGGCGGGCGAGAAUGGCGUCCUUCAGCGAAGCACCACCGGGCAACCCCCAGGCCGGAGAGAAGAUCUUCAGGACCAAGUGCGCUCAGUGCCACACCGUUGACAAAGGCGCCGGUCACAAGCAAGGGCCGAAUCUGAAUGGCCUCUUUGGUAGGCAGUCAGGCACAACUCCAGGGUACUCCUACUCUGCUGCAAAUAAGAACAUGGCCGUCAUUUGGGAGGAGAAGACGCUCUACGACUACUUGCUUAAUCCCAAGAAGUACAUUCCUGGAACUAAGAUGGUUUUCCCUGGACUGAAGAAGCCACAGGAUCGCGCCGAUCUUAUCGCAUAUCUGAAGCAAUCGACUACCUCUUAAGCCCCCCCCCCCCCCCCCCCCCCCCCCCCCCCCUCCAUUCCAUUUGUUGAAGAUGAUUCUUGUUUCACGCGGAACCGCGGAAGCGAUAUUUUUUCCCCCCCAAUAAAAUAAACUCUAUAUAGGUCUUUCCUGCUCUUGUAAAUGAGCAUGUCCCGGAAAGUAUUUUCUUUUCUAAGAGAUCAUGCCGUUGUUGGGCAAAUUCGACGUGUGCAAAUUUUGUUGAAGUAAACCUGAUGAUGACGCUACUUCUUGCAAGUCUAGUUGCUUUAUGAACAAUGAUUGAUCUCUGGUUACUCUUUAUUUAUAUGUAAGAACUUGCUUAGCGGAUUGUCUCCUCC